UGCUCUAAAAGUAGCGGGGAACUUCCGCUCCUCACAACUUUUUAUCAACUGUGUGCCCUUACUACUGAGAAACAGCCUAAUCAAGAUGUCUGGCAACAACGUGGAAGAGAAAGUGAAUCAUGCAUCUAACAGCAAAGGCAUCUCUCUUCCAAUGACUCGUGUAAAACUGAUCAUGAAAAGUUCUCCCGACGUCUCAAGCAUCAACCAAGAGGCUCUUCUCCUCACCACCAAAGCAACAGAACUGUUUGUUCAGCACCUAGCUCUCUCCUCGUUCAACAAUGGAUCAGGGAAAGACAAGACACUCUCGUACAGUGAUCUGGCCAAUACUGUUGAGGAGACAGAGACUUUUCAGUUUCUCACAGAUAUCCUACCAAAGAAGAUCUUGGUUCGGGAUUACCUGAAGCUUCUAGAGGAAAAUCCAAUUGAGGAAGCAGACAAUUGAAGCAACAACCCCUACAGCAAUAUUGGUUGUAUUGCUAGCAUGUAGUCUGUUGAAUCUUUUUCUCCAGCUCAUUCCUAAAGGAGACCACAUCCAUACCACUUCCAUGCAAUGGCAUUGUGUAGGCCUACAUCUUGAUCUCUGAGAUUUACUAGAGCAUAUUAUGUUUACCACAAUUAAGUUGCCCAGUCAUCCGGAUCCUGAGCAUCCAGUUUUGGGUCAGAAAGAAUCUGUAUGUGUAAUAACUACAGAUGAAGCGUUCAAAUCAUAAUUAUAUGUUGACCAUGUACUCGCCCUGGUUUUGAUACCAGCUGAUGCAAAUAGUGCAGUCACAGAGAUGAGGGCUUUCAUUUGUUUUGGGCAUUAUGUUUUACAGGAAACCUUGAAGCAAAGGGUGAACAGAUCAGGUGCAUUUGUAUUUAAUAUUUUUACAAUGUCUUCCAUACAAGCGAUGCAGUUCUCAGGUCAAAGAAAAUUUGGCUCAUUGGUUGUAUCCUUUUAUAAAGAGGAACACCUAUGCACAGUCUUUGCUAAUGCCGACUCUACUUGAUAUUUGACUUUUUAUUCCUUUUAUUCAUAUACUCAAUGAAAUCUGCAGAAAUAUAGACAUGCAAACCGAUUUCUUAUAGCAACAUUUGAAUAGGGUAUGUGACUAAGGAAUAUAGAAAGAGACUUUAGGUUUUUACUGUGUUUAGUGUGAUCUAUUUUCUAUACUAUUCAGUCACAAACAUAGGUAGUUUCAGUCCUGGGUGGCUGCAGGCAGCACUGAUUUAAUCUUCUCUUAUUUAAUUUUUUUGUAACAGCUCCUCUCAGAUUGUGAUGUAAGUUACGCUACAGUAGGCAUUGCCACAUUUUUUUGGUUUUCAUGUGACGAUUUCAUGUGAAAUCAUCAUACAGACUUAAUACUACAUUUAUUGAAUUAGUCUAAAUAUGCUACUGUGUGUUUGUGCAGUUGUACUACAAAGCAGGGUCCUGUAACUGCUAGCAUGUGCUGUCUCUAGAAUGGAAAGAAUGCACUGAACUAAGUAGCCUAACUGUCCAAUGAAAACCAAACUUUUAAAAAUUCAUAUUCUGUUAACUCAUACCCAAAUAAAUGUUGUUGACUCACCCUAUACUCAUAUGUGGCCAAAGCAUAAAUUGAAGAAAAAACACUUCAAAAACCCCACCUCAAACUUGGGAGAAUCUCAAUUGCAUACUCCUCGCAUCCUCUUCUCACCUUCUCAAAUUCCAUUGGAUGAGAAAGCCAGAGGUCCAGCCCUGUUGACCUUCUCUUCCAAUGGGUUUUGAGAAGGGAGAGAGGACACGAGGAGUAUGCAAUUUAGAUUAUAUCUCAAACUGAUGUUUAAAAAAAUACUUGUUAUUUCCUCAGAGGAUGAUGUCAUCCUCAGGAGGAUGAGCUGGCCAAUCUACUUGCACCAUUCUGUUGUUGGGGUACUUGAAAUAACAUACAUAACCAUUUUUUGGAAGGAAAACAAUCACUCAUAUUGUAGAUAUGUCAUAUUUAAUAGAAAUCAGGAAACACUGGACAGUUACAUUAACAGCUGUGAAUAUAUUUUCUACAAGAGUGAAUAACAGCAAUUUCGUUCCACCUUGUAUAUUUUUGUACCUUAGCUUUGUUAAUGAAAAUAAAAUCCUGUUCAUUCUA